AUGAUUGACAACAAUGAUGCCGCAGCUAGUUAUGUUGACAUUAAUCGUCGAUUAUGGAAUGACAAGGUUGAUUAUCAUGUUACAUCACCUAUGUACAAUGUUGCUGCUUUUGUUUCAGGUGCUGAUUCAUUAAAUAAAAUUGAAAAUGAUUUAUUAGAAGAUGUAAAAGGUAAACGUAUUCUUCAUUUACAAUGUCAUUUUGGACUUGAUUCUCUUUCACUUGCACGACGUGGUGCAAAAUAUGUAACAGGUGUUGAUUUAUCUAAUCAAGCUAUUGAUAAAGCCCGAGAACUUGCUCAAAUUACUAAUCUUAAAGAAUCAACAAGAUUUAU